UAACACUAACAUGUCUCCUGCAGGCGGUGACAUUUAACCCUCGAGGCGAGUUUGGCUCGUCGCAAUGGAGAAGGAACAAGCCGAGCGAUUAGCGAGCCGAACUCCGUGUAGUUCCGGUACCGAGUCCGACACCGAGUCCGACACCGACACCGUGUCCGAGGCGGAUUUCUGCUGCACUUCGGGAGACACUGAAUCGGAGCAGGAGCGCGUGGGGACACCGCGCACAUCACACACACACACUCACACACACACCGCCAGUGUCGGGCAAAAAGGGAAGCAGGACGGCGCGAGACGGCAACAGAACGACGGCAGGGAGGAGAAAAUGAGGAAUAAAGACGAGCUCGAGGAGGACGAGGAAGAAGACGAAAUGCUGGAUAACAUCCGGUCUCCGCCCCCCCUGCCUUUCGGCAAGACGAGUAACCCCGAGGAGUGCACGAGCUCCAGCCUGGCGCUCAAAUUGAGCCGUCAGCUGAACGAAGACGGGAAGCAGUUCCGUCGAGGGAGUCUAGGUGGAGCGCUAACAGGGAAGUACCUGUUGCCGUACAUGUCGGCUCAGCAGCCGUGGCCGGCCUUGGGGACGGACAGCUCCAACCUGGUGCGCAUGCGCUCCCAAAGCUUCGGCAAGUCCGCUCCGUCCCUCACUGCCAGUCUGAAGGAGCUCAGUUUGCCCAGGAGAGGGAGCUUCUGUAGGACGGGUAACAGGAAGAGUCUUAUAGGAAGUGGACAGACAUCAGGACUUCCUCGACCACACUCCCCCUUUUCUUCACACACAGGCACAAGUCCUCAGGACAGCCCCAGAAACUUCUCUCCCAGUGCCUCGGCCCACUUCUCCUUUGCUCGCAGGACCGACGGCCGUCGUUGGUCCCUGGCAUCCCUCCCGUCGUCAGGAUAUGGAACCAACACCCCAAGUUCCACCAUUUCUUCAUCCUGUUCAUCACAGGAGAAGCUUCAUCAGCUGCCCUUUCAGCCCACUGCUGACGAGCUCCACUUCCUGUCCAAGCACUUCUGCACUGAGAGCAUUGCUGGCGAUGACCAUCGCAGGGUCACACCCAUGCGCCCGCGCUCACGUAGCCUCAGCCCUGGAAGAUCUCCAUCGUGCUGCGACCACGAGAUUAUCAUGAUGAAUCAUGUGUACAAAGAACGCUUUCCUAAGGCCACAGCACAGAUGGAGGAGCGCAUUCAGGAGAUCAUCAGCACCAGUUCUCCAGAGAACGUGCUACCUCUGGCGGAUGGAGUGCUCAGCUUCGCCCAUCACCAGAUCAUCGAACUGGCACGAGACUGUCUGGAGAAAUCUCGCCUCGGCCUCAUCACUUCUCGCUACUUCUGCGAGCUCACUGACAAACUUGAACGUCUCUUUCAAGAGUCCACAGAGAGAUCUGAGAGUGCUGAGGUGACUUUCAUUAAGGAACUGGUGAAGAAGAUCCUUAUUGUCAUCGCCAGACCGGCACGCCUUCUGGAGUGUCUCGAGUUUGACCCGGAGGAGUUCUAUCACCUGUUGGAGGCGGCUGAGGGUCACGCCAAAGAAGGGCAAGGCAUCAAGACUGACAUUCCACGCUACAUUAUCAGCCAACUCGGUCUCACACGAGACCCACUGGAAGAAAUAGCUCAGUUAAGCAGCUACGACAGUGGAAUAGCAGAAACUCCUGACACUGACGACUCUGUGAGUUCCCAGAGUCUGAGUGCACCGCAGCGACCUCGCCGUAAACCCCGUGAGAUAGACUUCGAAAUGAUUAAACUCAUCAGUAACGGAGCUUACGGCGCCGUCUAUCUGGUGCGACACAAAGAGACCAAUCAGCGAUUUGCGAUGAAGAAGAUCAACAAGCAGAACCUGAUGCUGAGGAACCAGAUCCAGCAGGCGUUUGUAGAAAGGGACAUCCUGACCUUCGCCGAGAACCCGUUCGUGGUCAGCAUGUACUGUUCCUUUGAGACACGCAGACACCUGUGCAUGGUCAUGGAGUACGUCGAAGGUGGGGAUUGUGCGACUUUGCUGAAGAACAUGGGUCCUCUGCCAGUGGACAUGGCCAGAAUGUACUUUGCAGAGACUGUCCUUGCUUUGGAAUACCUCCAUAAUUACGGCAUCGUGCACCGAGACCUGAAACCAGACAAUUUGCUGGUCACAUCAAUGGGACACAUCAAGCUAACCGACUUUGGCUUGUCGAAGGUGGGCCUGAUGAACAUGACCACUAACCUGUAUGAGGGCCACAUAGAGAAGGAUGCCAGAGAGUUCUCAGAUAAACAGGUGUGUGGCACCCCUGAAUACAUCGCGCCAGAGGUGAUCCUGAGGCAGGGAUACGGGAAGCCUGUGGAUUGGUGGGCCAUGGGAAUCAUUCUGUACGAGUUCCUGGUAGGAUGUGUGCCUUUCUUCGGGGACACUCCAGAAGAGCUGUUUGGUCAGGUUAUCAGUGAUGAGAUAAACUGGCCUGAAGGAGAGGAUGCGCCUCCAGCUGAUUCUCAGGAGCUCAUCACACUGCUGCUCAGGCAGAACCCACUGGAGCGGCUGGGAACCGCAGGAGGAGCCUAUGAGGUCAAGCACCACCAGUUCUUCUACAGUCUGGACUGGAACAGUCUGCUCAGACAGAAGGCCGAGUUUAUCCCCCAGCUUGAGUCCGAAGACGACACCAGCUACUUUGACACCCGAUCCGAACGGUACCAUCACCUGGAAACCGAGGAAGAAGAGGACACCAAUGAUGAAGACUUCAAUGUGGAGCUGCGCCAGUUUUCCUCUUCCUCCCACCGCUUUUCUAAAGUGAGUGUACGCCCUGGCAGCAGCAGCGUUCAGCAGGUGUACAGCAGUCUGGAUCUGUCUCGCGGGCAGCUGGAGGAGAAAGGAGAGCAACCGGAGAAGAAGAGCGAGAGUCCUCUGACUGUCGAGUCGCUCAGCUGGACUCCAGAUUUCAGUGAAAUACCGUCCCUGUCCCACUCAUCAGACAUGGAGAGCACCAGCACGGGCCGACACUCGGGACUUCUGCCUAAGUUCGCCAUUUCAGCAGAGACGGAGAGCUGCGAGAGUUCACUGUCCUUGGACAAGCCCGGGAAAGUGUCUUUCUCUGUUGGAGAGCUUUCUCAGGACGAGCCUGAAGCCACCACGCCCUCCAGCCCGGUCAGCAACGCCACCCUGUCAGGCAGUUUCUCCGAACACCUGGACCAACUGAUACCACGGCCGGAGGGAGUGGACAGUCCAGACACAGCCUGCAAGCCAUCCCCUGACACGAGCAGCCAUUUGAGUUCCCUGAGACCAGAAACCAGAAUCCCGAAAUCUUCAUCUACCAGCGCUCUGUCUCUCAUGAUCCCUCCAGAUGUUUUCGCAGUAUCCCCGCUGGCUAGUCCAAUGUCUCCACACUCACUAUCAUCAAACCCCUCCUCCAGAGACUCCUCCCCUAGCCGAGACUCCUCCCUGUCCGCUGCGAGCUCGCGCCAGCCAAUCAUCAUCCACAGUUCAGGGAAGAAGUUCGGCUUCACGCUCCGAGCCAUCCGAGUCUACGCUUGCGACGGUGACGUCUAUACUGUCUAUCAUAUGGUCUGGAAUGUGGAAGACAACGGACCUGCUCAUAAGGCUGGGCUCAAAGCUGGAGACUUGAUCACUCAUGUAAAUGGGGAAACUGUUCACGGCCUGGUCCACACUGAGGUGGUAGAGCUGUUGCUCAAGAGUGGAAGCAAGGUUGCCAUAUCCACUACCCCUUUUGAGAAUACUUCGAUUAAAACGGGUCCAGCUAGAAGGAACAGUUAUCGAAGCAAAAUGAUAAGGAGAACCAAGAAGCCCAAGAAGGAGAAGACACAAGAAAGACGACGGUCAGUAUUCAGGCGCUUCGCCAUGCAGCCUUCUCCACUGCUCCACACCAGUCGCAGCUUUACCUCCUUAAACCGAUCACUGUCAUCUGGAGAGAGUCUGCCAGGAUCCCCCACGCACAGCCUGUCUCCUCACUCCCCUACUGCCUCCUUCCGGCCCGCGCCAGACUUCAAUCAAUCAGGUGGCACAUCCUCUCAGAGCAGUUCCCCCAGCUCAAGUGCACCAAAUUCCCCUGCUGGCUCUGGCCACGUCCGUCCUAACACUCUACAUGGUUUGGGCCCCAAAUUGCCCGGGCAGCGGCUUCGCCAGAGCCGCCGGAAAUCAGCAGGAAGCAUCCCGCUGUCCCCGCUGGCUAGAACACCUUCCCCAACUCCUCAGCCCACCUCCCCACAGCGAUCUCCUUCCCCCUUGCUCAGUCACUCAGUGGGAAGCUCCAAAACUACUCAGACGUUCUCAGCCAAGAUGCACUCGCCCCCUACAAUUGUCAGGCACAUGGUGCGCCCUAAAUGUGCCGAACCCCCUCGCUCCCCACUUCUUAAGAGGGUUCAGUCAGAGGAAAAGCUUUCGCCAUCCUAUGCAGGGGACAAAAAGCACCUUUGCUCACGGAAGCACAGUCUGGAGGUGACCCAAGAGGAAGAUCAGUCUGGGGUUGCAUCCGGAGGUGAGCACACACUUCAGUGUGUGGAAGAGAUCGGUUGUGAAAUUCCCGCCAUCACCCGAGUAAGACCUGCCGAGCAGGGCUGCCUGAAACGGGCUGUGACUCGUAAGGUGGGUCGCCAGGAAAUGGUCGAGGAUCUUGAUAAGGAGAAACUGAAGGUCAAAGUGGUAGCAAAAAGACAGGACUGGCAUGAGAGAAGGGAAUCUCUGCAAAAGCAAGAUGCUAUCCAAGAGGCUGAAUCUACACCGCAAAGCACCGCUGGGUGUUCCUCUGUUGAAAACAAAGCCGCCGGUUCUACAGUAAAAGAUGUUCUGUAUAAAAAACUGAACACAAGAGCAUGUGAAAGCAUUGACCCCAUGAGCAGCACUACAGACUCUACCUCAAUAUUAAAUGAAGGAAUAAGAUCAUCCCCUACCCAGUCAGACCGACAGCUGGCCUGGCAGAUUAAAGAGGGCAGCAAACCAGACAGACAUGAUUUCAAAGCUCCCAAUAUGGAAUUUGCUCGAAAAAGGCAGUCCUUUGAAGAGCGUGAGGACUGUAUGUGUCGAAUAAACCCUGGUGUUCAUGAAAGCCUUCACUUUAAUACCACUAGGUCCAAAAGUCUCCAGCUGGAUUCUACAAGUUCUGGAAUCAACACGGAUUCCUUGAGCCCUAAGCUAUUCGGCAGCCGAGGAGAGAGUGCGGUGGAAAAGCUUCAGAUUAUCUCAUCCACAGAAGGGUCCAUGAGAAAGACUUCGUCCGAGUAUAAAUUAGAGGCACGACUCGUGUCCUCCCUAAAACCACUAAAGGGCACACUGGACAUAGGACUGCUCUCUGGACCCAGGAUUUCCAAAACUGAUACCUGUCUCUCAAAAAUAGCCAACAGUCAAGCUGAUAGUGGUCUGGCCAUAGCUGUGCAAAAUCUGAGUGAAAAACAGCAACAGAUCCCUACAAAUAAACAGGCACAGACUGCUGCAGAGAUGGAAAGUAUUGGUGCUUUGAGCAGCAAAAAUGCAGGAAAAGAAGAACCCCCAUGCGGUAGAGACAGUGUUGUUGGUUCACUUAGCCAUGAAGGGACUUAUGACAAAAAUAAGCAGGCAGAAGGAAUCAAAUUACAAGCCAUAUCCAGUAAAAUGGAGCCAACAGAUUUGUCAACAGGUGGAAAACCAGAGACUAAAUUGAAAACAGUUCAGGAGAUGAGGCCUUCUCGACACAGUACUCAUUUUGUUUGUGGGAAAACGCCCUCGAUAAGGGAGGUCAGCAAUGAAGACCAAGAUGACGAGAUGGAAAAUCCAGAGGAAAAACCUAGCAUGCAAAACAACACUGUAGACACAAACACACCAGUGAUCCAUGACCAGGUCAGCAAGCAAAUCCCGUCUGUACCUUUAGAUCUCUGUAGUGUCGGUAAAGAUAAAAAUGUAAGAGAGAUCCUUGUCAGUCCACACAACGUAGCGCGGGCUGUUGUAAACAACAGCCAAAUAACCAUGGAGAAAAAUGGAGACUUAAAAACACUGGGCUUAAAUGUGGUUUCUAAGGAGGUUUAUCAAUCCAAAACCGUUAAAGACUGUGCCUCAGAAUCUCGGAGCUCAACAGCAGUUUUGGUGCAGGUUUUGCCUCAGAAACCAGACAGAACGUUUAGUGCACAAAAUUCAAGUAGGCCCGUUGUGAGUAAUGAGAAGAAACCUGAAAGCACAUCUCAAACCAUACAUAAGAUUUCAGAGAAGAUGCAUGAACAGGCCACAUCGAGUAGCACACCAGUGUUAAGUGCGAAACCAGAACAUGCUCUCUCCCAGAGUUUAAUCAAAGUUCCACAGAGUCAAACAAUAACCUCAGCGUCAACCACAUCUUCACCAGAUAUCAGGUUGCCUCCAGAUCCACCUCUUCAAACCAAACCAGAUAAAGACAAUGCAUCUCCAAAAGGUGCUCCUCUCAAGACAACUUCUGCUGUGGUUCUCCAGUCACCGCAGAAUGUACACGAAAGCCCACAACCAUCUGUUGAAAUCAAAUCAGACAGCACCGGAGUUAAACAAAAUCAGCAAACGACAUCGACAACACUAAUCGAUUUUGUCUUAGGAAACAUACGGAAAAGCUCAGAUCCUGCCUCAAAAGAUGCUGACAUUGUGAAAAUACAAAGCGCUGCGGUGGAAAGUGGCAAAAAGUGUAAUUCUCAAAGUCAGGGGCCUUGUAGAGGCAAAAUACUGGACAAGGAUACAAAAAUUUGCAUGAUUCCAGAAGGGUCCAGCAAUGAGUCCAAAACUAUAUUAUCUAAAGAUAAAAUGCCUCAAAAAACAGCAGGUUUAAAAGACGAUGCAAAAUGCGUUAUGUCAAACGAGACUCUCGACAGCGCUAAGUGCGUUCUAGCUUCUACGCAAAUGUUUUCCAGCAGCAAGGGAAGUCAGGAUCCUGGCACAAAAGGUGGAGAAACAAUGAGCAAUACUGUGCAAGUUCAGUCAGAAACCAUGCUUGAAGAAACGUUGAAAGUCAAGAGUCCUCUAGAAUCAGCCAGUCAGAAGAUCUCCAAGUCGGUACUUGAUGUUUGCAAGAAGGAGAUUAUUACUGUGACAAAGAAACAACCACAACCUGCAUCCACAACUGGAAAACAAGGCUCAUCAAGCUCCAAGAAUAAAGCCAAGUCAGAACCUGCUUCUGUUACACACCAGAGUGGGAAAGCCGCUGAAGAAAGAGGAAAACAAGAAAGCAAAGCACCAGUGCAGAUAAUCAAAGACAAUGUUGAUAUUAAACCAAAGGAGCAAAGAGAGUCCGCAGUUCUCACAUCAAAAACUCAACCACAGAGAGAGAACUUUCCUCAAACAGGCCCUCAGGUUGGUCCUGUAUCUGUACCUACUGUAAAGGUUCACGCACCAAGCGGAUCUCCUACAGGCAAAGGGGCCACAGCCGAGACCUUGACAUCAUUAGACUCCUUACAGAAAGUCAACCGUAAAGACUCACAGAAAUCGACGGCUCCGGCAAAGGACGGCGUAACACCGGAAAAAGAUUCACCCCGCACCAAGCAGUCCAAAGAUCUGCCCCGCGGUUCAAAUAAUAAAAAGUGACAGCGGUGAUAUUAAUCACCUUUUCUAAGAAAGGCUGCAAGGCAAUCUUUUAUUUAAAUUUUUUUUCCUGAAGUUUUCAUGCAUUGUAUUAUAGCACCUUCCAUUCUGAGGACCGAUGAAGCUGUUACUUUAGUGUUUCGUGUGGAGGACGAGAGCAAUGUGUGGAGUGCUAGUGUCGUAUGCUAGUCCGUAGUAUGUUUCCGAAAAAAGAAAAAAAAAAUCCUUGGUUUGAAUGUACCUGAAUUUGCUGCUGAAUGUCAUUUUGUAGUUUCUUGCAUCACGAGAAAAGCGGUCAUGAGUGUGUAUAGAAAAUAAUGCGUGCAAUCCGUUUGACGUCAAGUGACCCGAUCGAUGCCUUGGAGUCGGAAAUGAACUGUGCCAAUUUCGAUUGUACCAAACAAGGACUCCGCGUGUUGUUUCGGAGUCGCUGGAAUCAUUUCGAGUCAUAAAAAUUUAUCUGCUUUUCUCAGUUCGCAAGAAGGUCCGUUGUAUUGGAACGAUGGUUUUUGUUUCGACAUUAAAAAGCCAGAAGAAAAGUAUUUGUAGCAAUGGUGCUGGUCUCCCAGCACACACUCUUCAUGUAGAAAAAAAACAUACUCUCACACACUGUCAAAACAUUGUUUGGUUUUGUUUUCUUUGGUCGUUAUUCUUGUUCUCGUUCGCUUUGACCUAGUUAAAGGCAAAGUUUGUUUUGGGCCGAGGGAACGCGUGUCUAUCCCGUGCUUCUCACCUAGAACUAUUUUAUAAUGGAAUCAUCUUAGGGUUCUGGUUUCGUAUCUAGUGGAAGGGGCCUUAGAGUAUUUUUUUGGGCUGUCCAGCUUGCUGUUCUUAGCAGGUUGUGUCGAAAUUCACAUUCCUUUCACAUGCAUUGACUAAAUACUCAUUUUUAUGCAACGUACUGUACAUAAAGCAAUGUUAAUUGUACAAACUCCGGUCGGUGGGAUCGGGAUUCUGAAUAUGAGCGUUGCGUGUUUUAUAUGUAUAUAUUUUGUUAUGUCACAUACGUAUGUUUGUAAACUGUAACUGUUCGUCGCUGAGCUGAAUUUUUCACGACGCCAUUUAAAAUAAGCUAGAAAGGAGCAGAAAAUAGGAUCUUGGCCUCUGAUGUGAUCUACGUAUACUUGAAGUUACAAAGGCACUAAAAGGAGUGAUUGCACUCAAAGGCGGUUGUGUUUUAAGCAAAAGUUGCUAAAAAAGCCUGGCAUGUCAUCUGAUUGUUAAUGAUUUAAAUAAAAAUACAGGACAGAGGAAUGUUAACUAGUGCAAAUGCUCUGUAAAAAAAAAAGAAUGUGAAUGUUGAAAUAAAGAAAAAAGUUUGGAACCUUUCCCAUGAAAAAAAAAAAACCUUUUCAUGCAAGGAUUGUAGGGCUGUUUUUUUUCUUUUCUUUUUUUUUUCUAUUUGGUCGACUGCUCACCUUGAUCAUUAAUAUUGAGAGAUUAAACGGUGGCCAUAUUUACAGUAUGAUCGGUCAGGAUAAAAUUCUAUUGAACAGUCAGGACUUUCAACUUUUGUUCAUGUGUCUUGUUUCUUGUCCAUUAGUUGCUCGGUCAAGUCAAGUACAUUGUAUAAUACUUAUAAAAGUGGGACAUGUAAUAAUGAUAAUAAUAAAUAAUAAUCAUAAUAAUAAUAAUAAAUAAUCUAGUGUUUUUGCACUGUCGUUUAGCCGUACCUUUAAACCCAUGACUGAAACAUGCUGUCAAAUCCGUUUGUUUAAAAUGUAACGGUAAUGUGUGUGUGUGUGUGUUGUCUCCGAGUCGCCCCAAGUCAUUCUCGUAACACUUUCACAUACGCAGUUAUGACGCGUAACAUUACAUAAGAUGCUAUUCGAUCGUUUUUUUGUGUAUGUGAUCCGUGCUCUGAAAUGACUACAGUACUUUAGUCCUUUAUGUCAUAUAAACUUAACUGACGAGAUAUUUUAGUGCCGUUAAAAAAAAUCGUCUAAUCUAUUUAUAUUAAAGUAAUAUUCUAGUUAUCUGUAGAUCACAAAGCCUAUACGACGCUUAGGACCUGAAUGUGAAUAUGACUCGAAGGAGUCGCAAACUCAUAACUAUUCAUGUUUAGAAAAAAAAAAAAAGAACGGAUUUGAAAAAUUUUAAGCGUUGUUAGCAAGUCCUUGAAGCUUUGCAGCUGUAGCGUAUGUAGCGCGAGAAACGGGGGGAAAAACGCACCUUAUCGUUAAUGUAAUUUCUAAAAAACGAGAUACAAAGAUAAAUUAUGAAGGACAAGGCCGUUAAAGGGAUGUGAAUGUUUAACGGGGCAAGACUACAUACAUUUAUUCGAUAGAUUGUCUUUCGGUCCCCAUGCCUUUUUAAUUCAAACGACAGAUGUAAAAUCCUUAACUAAGCACAUUUCUUUGUUUACAGUGAAUUCCUGGAUGUAUAUUUUGAAUAUUGUGUUAAUAAUUUGCCAAAUCUGUGUUCCACAUCACAGGACAUCGCAAUCGUACUGUUUGCAUGGCGUCCUUCUCCAGCAGGUUGUGCAGUUUUAAGAUUUGUCAGUCUACGGUAUAGUCAAUCUAGUCAUCGUGAACCUGUCGGGUCUUAAGCGUCCGGCAUAAUUUUCGGAGCGUUUCUUUUUUUCCGUCAUCCAUUCUGUGAAGCUAGUGUUUGUGUAAACGGCCCUGCUUCGCCGUCUUCAUCGUCAUCUGUCUUUAGAAUCUGUGCAAUAAGAAAUGUGGUUUUGAGUUUUGUAUUUCACCCGAUGGAAGCUCUAUGGAUGUCAUAGAUGUUGUAUUCUAUACAAAUAUUUAUACUUCUAAAAAUUGUAUAAUUCUGAAAAUAAACUGGCAUGACAUUA